GAGACGUGUCUUUGGCGCUGGGGCGACGGUGGUUCGGUGCUCGUCCGUCUUCUCAGCUGCCUUUCUAAGAACCCGCCAUGGCCGCCUCGGCGACGCUGGUGGCGCAGCUGCAGCGCCGCGUCCGAGAGCUGGAGGAAGAGCUGGCCAAGGAGAGGGGAGGCGGCACGGGCCAUCAGCGGGCUCGGAUCGUGCAGAUGAGCUCCGAGGUUACGGACUCCAAUCCGUACAGUCGCCUGAUGGCACUGAAACGAAUGGGAAUUGUGGACAAUUAUGAGAAAAUCCGCUCCUUUGCAGUAGCAGUCGUGGGUGUUGGAGGAAUUGGUAGCGUGACUGCUGAAAUGCUGACAAGAUGUGGCAUUGGUAAGCUGCUCCUGUUUGAUUAUGAUAAGGUGGAGCUCGCAAAUAUGAACAGGCUCUUUUUCCAACCUCAUCAAGCAGGACUGAGUAAAGUGCAAGCAGCAGAGCAUACUUUAAGAAACAUCAAUCCUGAUGUCCAGUUUGAAGUACAUAAUUACAACAUCACGACUGUGGACAACUUUCAACACUUUAUGGAUAGGAUAAGUAAUGGUGGAUUAGAGGAAGGGAAACCCAUUGAUCUUGUAUUGAGCUGUGUAGAUAACUUUGAAGCUCGCAUGGCAAUUAACACAGCCUGUAAUGAGCUUGGCCAAAUAUGGAUGGAAUCUGGAGUAAGUGAAAAUGCUGUAUCAGGCCAUAUCCAGCUGAUCAAACCCGGUGAAUCAGCUUGUUUUGCGUGUGCACCUCCACUUGUUGUAGCAGCAAAUAUAGAUGAAAAAACGUUAAAACGGGAUGGUGUUUGUGCAGCCAGCCUUCCCACCACUAUGGGAGUGGUUGCCGGUCUUCUUGUGCAAAAUGUCUUGAAAUAUUUAUUAAACUUUGGCACAGUGAGCUUUUACCUUGGUUACAACGCCAUGCAGGAUUUCUUUCCUGCCAUGACAAUGAAGCCAAAUCCACAGUGUGAUGACAGAAACUGCAGAAAGCAGCAAGAAGUAUACAAGAAAAUAGCAGCAGCAAAUCCUAAAGAAGAAAUAUUGGAACAGGAAGAAGAAAUAGUACAUGAAGAAAAUGAUUGGGGUAUAGAGUUGGUUUCUGAGGUUUCUGAAGAUGAACUGAAAGCUGCUUCUGGUCCAGUUCCAGAUCUACCAGAAGGAAUCACACUGGCAUACACAAUACCAAACAAGGAAGAAAAUGCUGUAACUGGGGAAAGUGUUACAGAGUCAGAGGAAAGUCUAGAAGAACUUAUGGCUAAGAUGAAGAACUUAUAGCACAGAGAACACUUCAAGAAUACUGUACUCUCAACUCGUGAGAAUGUGUUUUGUUACAAUCUUUGUCUUCUGUGAAUUGGUUCAUCAUGUCUUUGUUCUCGUAAUUAUGUAACUAAAUUACUGUGAGCCAAGAAAUUUUUUUGGAAGGUAUGUUGGUCCAAGUAUCCAGUUGAAAAGACAAAGUAGAAAAAAAUAAACUUUAGUAUAUGAGACAGAAUCGCAGCUGCCAAAUAGACCAGUUCAAUUGAGGAUGAAUUUACUAAUGGCUAGCAGUUUACACUUUAGCAUGACAGCACAAAAAAGUCAAUAGAAAAUAGUUCAACAGAACUCCUGAUCUCCUUAAACUAUAUUCCUUAAACAAAGAAAGUAUUUCAAUAGUCACUGUAGCCUUACUUUUUAAAAAUAUAUGACUGGGGCAGUUUACCCAUAGCUUAAAUUCAGCGCAGUCUUCCCUAGAUUAGGUGCUCUAGAUGUUUGGCUACAGCUACUGUAGCCAAAAAUCAGGCAUGGUAGAAGUUGCAAGCCAAAACUUUUAAGAAGACCCAGGUUGGGUAAGCCUGAUUUAGACUUAUGUGCACAAACUCUGAGAGUCUGGGCAAAGUCUCAUGCUGGAGUGAUCCCAUGCAGCUAGCAGGAGCAAUAAGCCAUAAUUCAGUUUAGAUUUCCUUGCUUCCUAUCUUGUUAUUACAUAUGAACCAAGAAUCUUGUUAAUCAAGCCCAUGGUCUGAGGUUAGGAGGGGUUUUUUUUUAGCAAUUGUUUUGAGUUAAUUUUAACUACAAGGUAGGAUUGUGAAACAAUCAUGGUUUAUUCCUCCUUCCAGCAGUGCAGGGUUAGUAUUGCUGGAGAAUAAUAUAUCAUGGUUUUGUAUUAUGUGUGAACCAGAGUUCUGUCUGUCCUUAUUGCAACUUACAUGUUUGUUACUUUGACCAUGUAAUUGUAUAGAUAUGUUUGCUAGAUCAUAGCAACUCACUUCUGUAUAUGAAAUUUGCUUGAUUCCAAAACCAAAAUUGGUCUGUACAGUCUAACAAUGUGGGCUGGAAAACAAAGUAUACUGAAAGCUAGGCAUUGGGUUUUAACAAUUUUCCCCCCAGACUGUUUGGGAGAAGGUAGGAAUUUGGCAAAAUUCACUCCUGUUGCCUUUAUGAGGAAGAACUCUUGAAUGGAAACCAACCAUCUUCUUGUCUAACUUCAUGGGAGACUACUAAUUCAGAAAUGCUUUUAGAAAUCCUACCUAAAAAAACUGUUUCAAAAUAAGGGAAAGAGCCAAAUUCAAGCACCUGGAGCCCACAUAAUCCCGAGAACUUUUGAAAUUGCUUCAGAUUGUAGGAGAAGCUCUAGGACCUUGCUGGACCAAGAAGAUUGCACCUCCUUGUUUGUUAGGACAGAUGGUCCAGCUUAAAUACUGUCACUUCCCAAUCAUGUUCAAGUGAGAUUACCGCACACGUGCACUAAGCAUUGUGAAAUGAUGAACCCUGAAAACUUACAUAUGUCGGAAUUUCAAGGUCCCCAAAGACACACCCAACCUUCUAAAGCACUCAGCUGAUCAGUCUCCAUUAUGAAACCAGAGCAGCCAACCAAAGGGAAGUAGAAAGUAGAGGGACCAGUAAAAGGAAGAUCUAACUGCACUCACAAGCAACUUGUAUGAACAAGUUAUCUGCCAGUUCUUCCUAACUUUCUAAACAAGUCAUUUUUAAUAUAAAAUCUUCUACAUUACAGAUCUAUUUGUUAAACAAGGAAGUUGCAGUCCAAAACACAAGUGUGCCUAGGAUCAAUGGGCAUCCUAAGUGUAUUUAACUUUGCUGUGGCCAUCAAUGUAAAGCCACAGCUUUGCAGGAUCGAAAUUUAGGCAUCCAGACAGUAUUUCUAAGACUGUUAAUAGAAAUGUACUUCUCAUUAACUGAGGAUUAAUAAAGUACAAAAUGUACUUUAAAUUUUAAAUUGAAGAGCUAGUCAGUGUUUUAAUAUUUAAAAGCUAAAAGAGUGCAUGGGUAGGAAGAAUGAAACUGAUUUGCAAAGAAAUGUUUUGGAACCUUAAUACUUGAAGGUGGUAUUACUGUUAAUUGACUCAAAUACUCCAUUCCUAUAGUGACUCAUAGAUUGCUGUUUUUGCAACAGAACUGUCUAUUCCUUUUAAUGACUUGGGCUAAUAAUUCUUGCUUAUAAAUAAAUCUUACUAUGAAGAAGAGUAA